AGAUGCCAAAAAUGGCUAUAAAACCAAUUAUUUCAAUGAACAAGUUAAAUUAAUUUGUAUGAUCUGAAUAUACUAUACAAGACAACACAUCACUAGUCAAUCAAUUCAAUAUUUUGGCCCACACCACUAACCAGUUUACAGAAAUUUCUCUGUUGCUGGUAUCCAAUCAUUGCUAAUAAAUACCAGAGUUGUGAGCGUCUUGAGCUGGCCAUAGACUGUCGUGUUAUAUCAUACUCGAGCACGAUUGAACAACCUAUAUUGAGUAGAGGCGAGGCCUUUAGUCUUUUGAUAUGGAGCCGAAGAUUGAGUUACAGAAGAAAGUGACUGAAAAUGGUGAAGAGAAGAAGAAAGAUGGGAAUAAGUGCAAAAAGAAACAGCUUGGAGGAGUUAGAACAAUGCCAUUUAUCCUAGCAAAUGAAAUAUGUGACAGAUUUGCUGGUGCUGGAUUUUAUGCAAAUAUGAUCACAUAUCUUACUCAAGUGCUGAAUUUGCCUUUGGUAAAGGCAUCCAACACCCUUACUAAUUUUGGUGGAACUUCCAGCUUUACCCCUCUUGUUGGUGCUUUUAUUGCUGACUCCUUUGCUGGUAGAUAUUGGACAAUAGUUGUGGCUUCUAUUAUAUAUGUCCUGGGGAUGUGUAGCAUCACUUUAUCGGCGGUCCUGCCUAAGCUCCGUCCCCCGCCGUGUCCAACACAGGUGAAUUGCCAAGAAGCCUCCACCCUGCAGCUGUGGGUGCUCUACAUUGCUCUCCUUUUAACCUCUUUGGGUAAAGGUGGCAUUAGGCCUUGUGUAGUUACCUUUGCUGCAGAUCAGUUUGAUAUGACCAAAGCACAAACAGAUUCAGGAAGUUGGAACUUCUUUAAUUGGUACUAUUUCUGCAUGGGAAUGGCCUCUCUAACUGCUUUAACUGUUGUGGUUUAUAUCCAAGACAAUGUGAGUUGGGGUUGGGGGCUUGGAGUUCCAACUAUUGUCAUGGGUAUAUCGAUAGUGGCUUUCGUUUUAGGCUCCCGUCUGUAUAGGAAAAUUAAACCGGGAGGGAGCCCUUUUGUUAGAGUGACACAGGUAAUCACCGCAGCUGUUAAGAAACGAAAUGCUGUCAUGCCAAAAGACCCUCAACUCCUGUACGAAAACAAGGAGCUUGAUGCCGCUAUCUCUAUUAAUGGGAGGCUUCUGCACUCCAAUCAAUUCAAGUGGUUAGAUCAUGCUGCUAUAGUCACUGGUUCUGAUAUAAAUGAAUCAAAUCAACCAAAUCUGUGGAGGCUAGCUACUGUGCACAGAAUUGAAGAAUUAAAGUCCAUCAUCCGAAUGCUACCUAUAUGGGCAGCCACAAUACUCCUCGUCGCUUCACACUCCCAUUUAGGCAGUUUUACGAUCCAACAAGCUCGUAGCAUGGAUCGCCAUCUGUCUCCCUCUUUCCAGAUACCCCCAGCAAGCAUGUCGAUAUUCAGUACCCUAACUGUCCUAAUCGGCUUACCUCUGUACGAGCGCCUUUUCGUCCCUGUAGCUCGUCGAUUCACAGGCAAUCCAGUGGGCAUAACUUGCCUACAACGAAUGGGAAUAGGCUUCGUUAUCAACAUUCUCGCAACUAUAGCUUCAGGAUUUAUCGAAAUCAGACGAAAAACAGCAGCAGCACAACAUAACCUUUUGGACCAACCAACUGCUGUCAUUCCUAUAACUGUCUUUUGGCUACUUCCACAGUAUUGCCUCCACGGAUUAGCCGAGGUUUUCAUGUCGGUCGGCCACCUCGAGUUCCUCUACGACCAAUCACCCGAGAGCAUGAGAAGCACUGCAGCUGCACUCUUCUGGAUAGCUAUAGCAAUGGGGAAUUACAUAAGCACCCUCAUGGUAUCUCUAGUGCACCAAUACACUGGCAAGAACAGAAACUGGCUACCAGACAGAAAUUUGAACAGGGGAAGACUGGAGAAUUAUUACUGGCUAGUUACAGCAAUACAAGUAAUAAACUUGAUAUAUUAUGUGAUUUGUGCAUGGCAUUAUACAUAUAAACCCAUAAAUGAGCAAAUUGAAACUGAAAGAAGUGAUGAAGAUUUGGAGUCUGCUGAUCAAAAUGGAAAAGUGUCAAAUUUCUUGGAAGCUGAUGAUAAAGUAAAUAAAGAAUUAGAGUUAGUGAAAAAUUAGAGAUGUUUGGACUGCUGAUAAAAUUAAUCUCUGUAAAUCUGGAACUCUUGAAUCCAAAUUUAGUACUUAUAUGAGAAUAAAUCUUGGUACAAUGCAUGAAAGAAAUGGUAAUUUCUUUCUUGGUAUUGUAGUUUAAUUGGAGUGGAGCUCAUUACAUGUUUAAAUUGUUGAACCACUGGAUAUAAAAGUUUAAUCUAUUAAAGAGAUGGAUACAUUAUUUA